GGCCCAAGAAAGCUACGUGAGGCGAUGUAGGGAUGCGAUACGGCGCUUAGUCCAAGACUUCAGCGAAGAUGGCGAGGUCGGCCUCCCACAAAGGAAUUGGCGUGAUUGCGAAGGCGGAGGCCGAAAGCAGGAACUGGAGAGUCGAUACUUGGUGCCAGCUUACUCGAAGAGUAUCCUAAGGCUCAUUUCAUAGUUCUUUUGUGUCCAUUAUAACUGUGAUACGUCGUCCUUUGUUCUUACCCUCUACGACCACAACUUCUUUGUCAAGUUCAAAGAUCAGGCUCUCUUAGUUGUUUUAGGAGCACUUUAUACAACAUGUACUCCAUUAUACCUGUAUAAGUUUUUUCUCCAGCACACCUUCUUCUAGAAGAUAAAGAUGAAAAAUGAUAAGAUAAGAAGAUGAGAUCGAUGCAUCAUUCUUGUGAUUGUGAACUCUAAGGAUUACGGCAUUCGCAAGUUUUAUCGAGUAUUGUCCGAGUGUGGAGAUUCUUGUGCGGGAAAUUCUACAACACGUGCCACAAGCCGCCAUGUGGUUGUGGGAGGACUCAGGAACUUCUGGUGGAGGACAGGGCACACGUGGAGGUGAUAGACGACGUGGCGGAGCACGCGGCAGAGGGGGUCCGGCCGCUGCUGCUGCUGCUGCGAGAGCAGACCAUCUAGGUGGCGUUGGGGAUCUGCAUCUUCCUAUCCCGGGCAUAGGUGGUGCUGACAUCGCUUACCUAGAAGACGAGCCUGGACUACUCGGUCCACGCUGUUUUCUCACCGCUUCCGCUGGAGCGUUUGACAGCCGGUGGUUUACAAAACCAGGGAGAAGAAGAGCAGAAGCUGGACCUUAAGCCAUUUCUUGAUGUUCUUCUUUGUCUCUUUAAACCGCGCCCUAAACUUCCAUAUUUUUAUUAGUCAGGAGUUUCUUUUGAUGAUGAUGACUGGCACCAUAGUUUUGAUGCCUAGAAGUCGAGCUGCUUAAGCUGCAUCUAUCUGUGGAUCUCUAAUCUCCAAGCCGCGGCGACCUUUCCAGUGGUUCGUG